CCUUUUUCUCUUUUCGCCAAAAAGGCGACGUUUGUGAAUUUUUGUGUAAAUUCGUGUCAGCACGUUAUUUUUAUUAAAAUAAAUAUUUGAAAAGCAUUAUUAAUUAAUUUAAUAGUAGUAAGAGGAUACAAUUAAUAUGGCGCAAUUCGAUUUAACUAGAACUAAUUGCCAGUUUUUGGACAGGCAUUUGACUUUUCCCUUGUUGGAAUUUUUAUGUGGCAAAGAGAUUUACGAUCAAAAGGAGUUGCUGGAGUAUAUUUUGGAGACAGUCAACAAAACCAACAUGAUUGAUUACACCAUGGAUACCCGCAAGCGUUUGGGCUUGAGCCAAGAAAUGCCCGAGGAGUUGGUGCAACGUAAGGCUGAAGUCCUAGCUACCUUGAAGCAGUUGCAAAAUGAAGUAGCUCCCAUAAUGAAAGCCACAGACAUAUUGAAAAAUGGCGAAAGCAUGAAAGAUUCGAAAACUUUCGUAAAUGCUUUGCAAAAAGACUACAAUUUCAAAGUGGAACAUUUGGAUAGUGCUUACAAAUUGGCAAAGUACUUGUAUGAGUGCGGUAACUACCAGGAAUCCACUUCCUACUUGUACUUUUGCUUGAUUGUUAUGUCUCCCAAUGACAAGAACUACUUGAAUGUAUUGUGGGGCAAAUUGGCAGCUGAGAUCUUAACUUUGAACUGGAAUACAGCUUUAGAAGAUUUGACCCGCUUGCGCGAUUACAUCGACAAUGCCAACUUCUCUACUGUGCAGGCCUUGCAACAACGUACAUGGCUCAUUCACUGGUCGGUGUUGGUGUUCUUCAAUCAUCCAAAAGGUCGUGAUUUAAUAAUUGAGACGUUCUUGAACAAACCCUCGUACUUGAAUGCCAUUCAAACUAUGUGUCCUCACAUUAUGCGUUACUUGGCCGUCGCUGUCAUCAUCAAUCGCACUCGUCGCAAUGCCCUCAAGGAACUUAUUAAGGUAAUCCAGCAAGAGUCUUACACUUAUCGCGACCCCAUCACCGAAUUCCUCGAGUGUUUGUAUGUGAAUUUCGAUUUUGAAGGUGCCCGUUUGAAAUUGCAUGAAUGUCAAACAGUUAUUUUGAAUGACUUCUUCAUUGUUGCGUGUCUGAACGAAUUUGUAGAAGAUGCCCGUCUCAUGAUUUUCGAAACCUUUUGCCGCAUUCACCAAUGCAUCACCAUCAGCAUGUUGGCCGAUAAAUUGAACAUGAACCCCGCUGAAGCCGAAUGCUGGAUCGUAAACCUUAUCCGUAAUGCUCGUCUUAAUGCUAAGAUUGAUUCGAAAUUGGGUCAUGUUGUUAUGGGAACCCAGCCGUUGAGCCCCUACCAACAGUUGGUCGAAAAGAUCGAUUCGCUAUCCAUGCGAUCGGAACAUUUGGCUGGUUUGAUUGAACGUAAAAGUAAGCAAAAGCAAAAUCAAGAGUCUGCAGACUCCUGGAAGUAUUAUUAGACAACAUCAUAAAGACAUAUAUACUCCAACAGAAUCUGCGACUAGCAUUCUACAACACAUGUAUUUUUAUAUAUGAAUUCUUACAAAAUUCCCAAAUUAUCUAUUACUACUACUAAAAAAAUAAAAAAAAAAACAUUUUUUAUUGUAUAAAACUUUGUAACACAUUACAAUGUCCAUGUACAUUGGAAAAGGCCCAAUGAAUAAAAUACCACCAUCCCACACAUUCUAGGCUGAAAACAAA